AUGGCGGCUCACAGGAAUUUCUUACCGCCUACUCUCACAAGCAAGGAUGAAUCCAGACAUCCUUCGCCACAUCCCUUCCAUCUCAGCAUUCCUGGAGGUUCAACCAGAAGAAUAAUCACCGAUACCUCGUCCGGUUAUGUUGCUCCCAAGUUCGAAGGAAAGGAGCAGCAGAUGGAAGCCGUCAUUGGCACCAUUGAGGCUUCUGGUUUCAUCCCUGCUGCCUUCAUUGACGAUGAAGUCGAAUGGUUCUACACCAAACUCGGCAUUGAUGACAUGUACUUCAAGUCCGAGUCUGUCGAGACAAUUGCCAACCACAUCCUCGCCCUCUACGCUGGCAAAGUUGCCGCCUUCUCCAGAGCUGACAAGCGUUUCGAAAUCAGAUUAGACCGUGAAGGCACUGACCACGCCGUCUACAUUGAUACCUCCACCCCCGGUGUCUCCGUCCUCGAAGGCCCAAGAUACGAAACCCGUAUCGACGAAAAGUACCUCAACGACUCUCACCCCGGAAAAGCAUAUAGAGUCGAAACCUUCCGUUCCGUCGAGUCUCUCGGAGGUGACAGCCAAGCUCAGCUACGAUGCUACUUCGUCUACCAGUGUCAGUUCGAGGAGACCCAGCCCAACGAGAAUGAAACCGAUAUCACCAAGAUUGCGGAUAAAAUGUUCCUCGAGAAGGCUUCCGAGAACACCAAGGAGCUCUACGGAAGCAUCGUCCAAGCCGUUGUCGAGAGAACCGGCCCGGUUAUUGAGAUGUUCGAGGUCCAAGGAACCCGUGAGAAGCGUUUGAUCAUUGGUUACAGACAGCGAAGUGCUAAGGGUCUCUUCAGCGCCAUGAGCGAUCUUUACCAUUACUACGGUGUUACUUCCGCUCGCAAGUAUGUCGAGCAGUUCUCUAACGGUGUUACCGUCAUGUCGCUCUAUUUGAUGCCGACUGGUGCCGGUCCCACUGUUAAGCACCCACCAAUUGAGGCUUCCAUCCAUCAGAUCAUGAAGGAAGUCUCCCUGUUGUACUGUAUCCCACAGAACAGCUUCCAGAAGCACUUCAUCCGUGGCGACUUGAGUCUUCAGGAGACCAUCUACGCUCACUGCGUCUCUACCUUCAUUACCCACUUCCUCAACAGACUCGGUAACGAAUACAGCUCGCUUUUGAGCCUCUUGGACUCCAAUAACACCGCCCAUAUCGAGGUCUUGACCAAGAUCAAGCGUCGUCUCCGUCAGGAAACCUUCACCGCCGAGUACAUCACCGAGAUCAUCUCGGAGUAUCCUCAGCUCGUCCGCCCAUUGUACUUACAGUUUGCCAAUGCUCACUACGUUCAGACCCGUGGUGAGACCGACGACUUCAUCCCAACUCUAUCUUACCAGAGACUGCGCCAAGAUCCAGUCCUCAAGCCCGAGGAGAUCGUUAACCACAUCCGCACCACUGUUGCCAAUGAUCACCAGGCUACCGUUAUGGAGUCCUUCCAGCUGUUCAAUCAGCACGUCCUCAAGACCAACUUUUACACUCCAACAAAAGUUGCCUUGAGCUUCCGACUCAACCCGGCUUUCUUGCCGUCCAUUGAGUAUCCUCAACCUCUCUACGGAAUGUUCCUCGUUAUCGGAUCCGAAUUCCGAGGUUUCCAUCUCCGCUUCCGUGAUAUUGCUCGCGGAGGUAUCCGUAUCGUUAAGAGCAGGAACCGUGAGGCCUACUCUAUCAACGUUCGCAGCAUGUUUGACGAGAACUACAAUCUCGCGAACACGCAGCAGCGUAAGAACAAGGAUAUUCCUGAAGGUGGUAGCAAGGGUGUUGUGCUCCUCGACUAUAAUUCGCAGGAUAAGGCUACCCAGGCUUUCCAGAAGUAUAUCGACUCUAUCCUCGACUUGCUUCUCCCACCUACCUCCCCCGGUAUCAAGGACCCCAUCGUCGAUCUUCACGGUAAACCCGAAAUCUUGUUCAUGGGACCUGAUGAGAACACUGCUGGUCUUGUCAACUGGGCUACCGAGCAUGCCCGCAUCCGUGGUGCUCCAUGGUGGAAGUCUUUCUUCACCGGCAAGUCUCCACGUCUCGGUGGUAUCCCCCACGACGAGUACGGUAUGACCUCUCUCAGUGUUCGUGAGUACGUUUUGGGUAUCUACCGCAAGCUCAAGAUCGAUCCAUCCCUCGUCCGAAAGAUGCAAACCGGUGGUCCCGACGGCGAUCUCGGAUCCAACGAGAUCCUCCUCUCCAACGAGAAGUAUGUUGCUAUUGUUGAUGGCAGCGGUGUUCUGGUUGACCCCAACGGUCUUGACCGCGACGAACUCAUCCGCCUUGCUAAGAAUCGUGUUAUGAUCUCCGAAUUCGACACUAGCAAGCUUUCCAAGCAGGGUUACCGCGUUCUUGUCGAUGAAAGCAAGAUCAAGCUCCCAAGCGGCGAGUAUGUCCCCAACGGUACCAUCUUCCGUAACACUUUCCACCUUAAGGAUAUCGCUGCCGAUAUCUUCACUCCAUGCGGUGGUCGUCCCGAGGCUAUCGAGUCUGGCAACGUCGGCCAGCUGAUCGACGAAGAUGGCAAGUCGAGGAUUCCAUAUAUUGUCGAGGGCGCCAAUCUUUUCAUCUCCCAAGAUGCGAAGAUCAGACUUGAGAAGGCCGGUGCCAUUCUCUUCAAGGACGCGUCUGCGAACAAGGGUGGUGUCACUUCAUCUUCGCUUGAGGUCUUGGCAUCCCUCUCCUUCGAUGAUGCCGGGUUUAUCGAGAACAUGUGCAUCAAGGAGGAUGGUUCCAAGCCCGAGUUCUAUGGUGAAUACGUCAAGGAAGUCCAGAACAUCAUCAAGAACAAUGCACGUCUCGAGUUCGAGGCCAUCUGGGCUGAACACGAACGUACCGGCCGCCCACGCUCCCUCAUCUCCGACGACCUUUCCUACGCUAUCACCAACCUCGAUGAGGAACUGCAGAAGACCUCGUUGUGGUCAGAUGUGGAGUUGAGGAAGAACGUUUUGGGAGCUGCUUUGCCCGGUUUGUUGGUCAAGAAGUUGGGAUUGGAGACUUUGGUUAAGAGGGUCCCAGAAGGUUAUUUGAAAGCUAUCUUUGGAAGUUACUUGGCCAGUCGAUUCGUUUACCGAUGUGGACCAAGUGCUAGCCCGUUGGCUUUCUAUAGCUUUAUGACUACUUUGACCAAGAAUAUCCACGAGAAUGGAAGCGGUGCUAUUGCCAACGGGGUUUAA